CAGGAAAUGAGUGCGAGGCGGCGGAUUGCGCUCUGCGAGUCGGACUGUGUUUAGACUCAGUGCAGCUUCAGCGCAGUUAGGACAGACUUCCAAUGAAGGGGAAUGUGUGGAAACAAAAUACGGAGGAGGAGACAACAAAAAGCUGUGAAUACUCCGAGUGCUUCAUGAAUAAAACAUCGCCCGAAAAGGCAAACUGAGAUUGCGAGGUGACGUCGGACUGACGCAGAGCCGAGGCUGGUGCAGGCUUCCUGUUUUGUGGCCGCUCGAGCUGCCUCUGCAAGAUGCAUCCACACUAAGCGAGGGGCCCGGCGGACGCACCGCAGCAUGGAGCUCGUGUCAGUCCUGUAUGAGUUCGAGUACAAAGCGAGGGACGGUCGCCUCGUGUCAAUCAAGCCCGAAGAGAGUUACAUCCUGGUCUCCAAGACCAAUGAGCACUGGUGGCAUGUCCGCAAAGACAAGCACACCAAGCCCUUUUACGUCCCCGCACAGUAUAUGAAGCAGCUCUCGGUAGCUGCCGAAGGCGGCCGUUCCCCCAAUGAGCUGAAUUCUUCUGAGAGUCCGUCACGCAGAAAGUCACUGGAUAUGACUAGUGUGAAACCGCCUCAAGCCACAAAGGCGAACCAUGUGUCCUGUCAGGACUCUUCCAGGGGAACACAUCGGUUCUCCACUUUUGGUUUCUGUGACGAUGUACCAGAUGUGAAGCCAUGUGAGCCACUGAAAAAUGCACAGACCGCCAGCAGCUUUGCACAAACUCUGGGUGAUAAGAAGGGACACACUUCAACGGGAGGGACUUCGGUCACCUCAGAAACCCUAAACACUGAAGGCCUGUACGCGAGGCCUCAUCCUGUAGCGAAGGUCAAAAAAGAACAGCCGCACAACUCGGUGCAGGAGGAGGCGGUAGUUCAGACUUUUGUGAAUGAUGGCGACGGUGAUGACAUGGAUUUCCCUCCACCCCCCCCAAACACCUACGACACCAUACCAGAGAUAAACGUUACAGACUUUGACACAUUUCCUGAGCUGCCUGAAUUUGUCGAUUCACCUGAGGCCUCGGCAUCACAGCAGCAGAGGCUGAAUCCAGCAGCAGAGGGGACUUUUUCUUCAGAUGCACCGCACUCUCAGAAGGUGGAGAAUGAAAAUCUCCGGUCAGCCGUGUACGUAAAUGUAGCACAGCUCCGCCAGAGCAUCUCCGAGUCUCCCCCCUCGGCUCCCUCGUCCUGCUCUCCUUCCGGCCCUGACCAGGAGGAAUGGGAGGUGCAUGUUGACCAGGACAGUGGACAGGAGUAUUACUACCACCCCUCCACGGGGCGCACCACCUGGGACAACCCCUUUGUAGAUUCCCCCACGGACCCCGAGCCGCCGCCGCCUGCAGAGCAGCCCCGCUCCCCCUCCCCUCCUCAGUCACCUGCCCGUUCUCUGUCCACCGCCUCCCCCACUGCGUGGACCUCAGACUGGGAGCAGCUGGUGGAUGAGACCAGUGGUCGCCCUUACUUCUACAACCCAAUGUCUGGGGAGACGUCCUGGGAACCUCCAGAGCCCCUGAGCCCGUAUCCCACUCUCAUGGAGCCCAUGAGUGUGCACAGGUUUCACGAGGACGGGCCGCCUCCUUUACCCGAGGAGGAUUACCCCCCGGAGGAUUACCCACCUCUGGAUCAACCAGAACCUGAGCAUGAGCUCCAUGCCAUGGGACCCCCAACGCUCCCUAAAGAGUACGCCCUCGGCCACGCGGGCCGGACCAUAAUCCCGCGGGCCGCCCUGGACCGCAGCACCCCGACCGGUUGGAACCUCAACGUGGAACCCAAUGGGACGUGGGUGUUCACCAGCGAAAACUCUCCGGAUCAGUGGAUCAAGUCUGUGGACGAUCGAGGGCAGACCUACUACUACCUGAGAGACGGCUCCAAGUCUCAGUGGAGCCUGCCUGAGGCUCCCGUCGCUUAUGGUCACUCCAGGAUGGAGAACGGCGUCGAGAGUGACAGCGUGUCGGUCAUCAAAAACUGGAGGCACACCAUGGGGCCUGCUCAGUUCAGCUCUGGCCAGGACGAUGGGAGGUUUGUCCCAACUCACAAGAGGAACACGUCAGACUACAGCAGCGACAGCUCCAGUACAGGGAACUCCCCUGAGACGCAGCAUAACGCCUUUGGGUUUAAACCCUGGAGAAACCCUUAUUAUCUGACUUCGAGGUGGCUGCGCUAUAACGUGCAGAACUUGGAGAAAGCUGGAAUACUCAACAAAACUAAAGUGUCUGAGAAUGGGAAGAAAGUAAGGAAAAACUGGUCGCAGACGUGGACGGUUCUCCACGGGGGAGUGCUGACUUUCCACAAAGAUCCAAAGUCUGCAGCAACGGGGGCCUCGAACAAGACCAAUCAGAUUGUUCCCGAGGUCACGGUGGAUUUGAGAGGAGCGACGAUUGCCUGGGCCUCAAAGGACAAAUCCAGCAAAAAGAAUGUUUUAGAGUUAAAAGGAAAGAACGGCGUGGAGUUUCUCGUGCAGUACGAUACAGAAAGCAUUAUCAAUGACUGGCACAAAGUCUUAGUGGACACCAUACGGCAACUUGAGUACCAGGACCAUCACUCUGAGGAGGAGGAUGGAGACUUGUACGAAAAGAUCGGCAAUGUGGAGCGAGAAGACAAGCCUGGACCCGGCGCCGAGAAGCGGAGAGCCUCCAAGCCGGUUGUUACGCCCAUUUCCAGCUCCGCAGGAGACACGGACCCCAAGAAGGUUCGAACCAAGCUGAUGAAGUUCCUCAUGAAACGUCCCACGCUGCAGUCUGUCAAAGAAAAAGGCUACAUCAGAGAGAACGUGUUUGGUUGCCAUCUUGCCACGCUGUGUGCACAAGAAAAAACCACAGUGCCUGGUUUUGUGGAGAAAUGUGUUAAAGCGGUGGAGAGGAGAGGUUUAGACAUCGAUGGGCUCUACAGAGUCAGUGGGAACCUCGCAAUCAUUCAGAAACUCCGCUUCAAAGCUGAUCAUGAGGAACUGGACCUCGAGGACGGUCAGUGGGAGGACGUUCAUGUUAUCACCGGAGCGUUGAAGUUGUUUUUCCGAGAGCUUCCCGAGCCACUUUUCCCAUACAGCCACUUUAAUAAGUUCAUCGCGGCGAUAAGAAUUCCUGAUUACCAUUCAAAGCUGUCUUGCAUGUAUGAGCUGGUCAGAUCACUUCCUGCUCCAAACCACGACACCAUGGAACUUCUUUUUGGGCAUUUGCAUAGGGUCAUUGAAUACGGGGAGGACAAUCGUAUGACCGUACAGAAUGUGGCAAUAGUGUUCGGUCCGACGCUGCUUCGGCCGGAGAUGGAGUCGUCAAACAUCGCCAUGCACAUGGUCUUUCAGAAUCAAAUAGUGGAGUUCAUCCUGAACGAAUACGAGCGUAUCUUCCACUCCAGCUAAAGCAGUCUCAAGCCUCCAGUGCAGACCCGGACCAACGUGUGAAUGUGUUCAAGUUAUUACAAGUGCUUGCUUUGUGUGCACGCCUUCAGCUUCAGUGCAAGGUUUAAAAUCAAAAUUCUUCUGUAAAAUAAGUUAAAGGGGCCGUCAAGUUUACCAGAUUUAUCUGUGGCAUCUUCAGAUCGUCUUUGCUGAGGAUAUUUGAAGCGUGUUUUGUCCAGAGUCUCUGCAUUGGAGGCUCAAUGUGUAGGAACUAUCUUUGGCAGUAUUGUAAGAUUGGAAGUCGAGCCACGGAGGUGUACACAGGUGUGGUUUCCUGUUUCAAAGCUACUGAGCUUUUUUUUUUUUUUUUUUCUUUUGGGUGGAAGAAGGACUGUAUAAAAUUACUCUCACUCCCACAAGUCACUUUCUGAAGAAGUUUUAUUUUUCAUUUUAGUCAUUUGUUUUGUUUAUUUUAAUAGAACUCAAGUCAAACUUGGCAUUAAUGCUCUCUUUAAGAAACAAUCAAUGAUUGCUUCUUUUUUUUUUUAGAAAACAUGUUUAAACUUUCAUGUGGAUUCAAAGUAUAUCACACACAGUAAUAGCUAAAAUUUUAUUCUAAUAUUGUGUUUGCUGUUUUCAGUCAGACAUCCAGUCUCACUUUUACCCAUGAUUUUAUUGUAAUAUAGAAAUGUAUAAAAAAUAAAUAUUAAUACAUCUUCCUGUGAAGUAGACAAUGACAUAGAAGUAUAGAUUAUUUUCCACUGAACUGUAAAAACACAAUGUGUUGAUCAUGCUGUACUUGAAGAAACUGUAAAAUAACACCAUAGAUAUAUUAACAAGUGAGGCAUUGUUUGACAGCGUGUGGUUAAAUUUGUCUGAACUUAAAGGUGGAUUAUAGAAGAGAUAUAUGACCUGUAAAUAGAAAUAGAUGGCAUAUUUAUGCUGAAAGUUGGUGAAAAGUUAUUCCAUAAUAAAAUAACUUUGUUUUAAAAAACAA